AUGGUGGCUCUACGGUGCGGUGGAAGCGCCGCCGCACACAUGUCGGCGCAUACAAUAACGGCUCCUCGGAGCGGAGAUGGUCGCAGCGCCAUCCUUCCCAUGCGUGCCGGGAUCAGGGAGCUUCCCCUGAGGGCUUCCUUGUCACCGUCCUCGGUGUCUCCACGGACAGUGCGCUGCUCCGUUUUUCGUCGUCGUCGCACGGGGGGACAUUGCUUCCAGAAUAGGGGAAUGACUGAGGGAUGGGAGGCGCUGAAGGCGGCGACGGCCGACAUGUUCCGCCCCCUGCUCCUCAACAUUUCCGACAUGCGCUCUCUCAACACAGUUUACGACCUCGAAGACUACCAGAUUGGCAUGCUCUUUGGUGUUUUUGCUGGACUCGUUGGUGUUUACCAACUGUGGAGGGCAGCCCCUCCCAUCUUCGUUGAUGCUGCUCUUGGCUACAUCAUAUAUAAGCUCAGUGUCAUAUCAUCGGAACUGCAUCGGCUGCGCAAAUCCAACAGUUUAAUUAACCGACUGAAAUUUGGGUUCUUGCUUUUCAUGGCCCUUAAGGAUUUCAAGAAUAAAUAUGUACUUCUUGAUAUUAUCAGGUUGCCACUUUUCUUUCUGAACGUUGGUACAUUCAUGUUCGACGUGGCGGGAUUGAAGAAGUAUGGAAGGCGAGUUCUGAUUUCUUUUGUUAAUCUAUUGAAAAUGAGAGGCGGAAUAAAAGAAAUAUUCAGGAUUGUGUGGUAUCCUGGCUACGUUUCUCCAUAUGAUGAUUCUUUUGGCCGGAGAUGA